AUGAUUCCAAAGGGGCUUUUGCAAAGUGCCCGAGUGGCACUGACCACAUUCUACCUUUUGCUGAUCAUCAUAACCAUUCCCAUUUCAUUCCAGGUGGGAGGACUCUACUGUGGGCUGUCCUUCACAGUGACACUUUUCAAUCUGUAUUUCAUCACCACGACGCUGAAAAUUGCCGCUGGGGCGCGUGGGCUCGCGAAAUUGGCUUCUGUAGCGUACUACGCUCAGCAUUUUUUCAUCCCAUCGUUGCUGUUUUUGUUCUUGCUGGGGUUUUCUCACGACGAGCUGAAGCAGCAGAUCGAUACAAAUACGAGACCUGAUGAGUCUCUGAUAAACGUGCUCCGCAGCUCGACAAAGAACCAAUCUUGGAUUUUCUACUACUAUUACUACCAAUACGUCGUCAGGCCUUGGCAGUACAUGCUACUACGAUCGACGCCGUACUUCACGCUACUGGAAGGGUUUUUCACCGUUUUGGGUAUACAAGCCGUGGGAGAGACUAAUCGCUGGCUUUCGCGUACACAGAAAGGUUCAAAUUGGUGGGUCAUCACGGGCCUCAUGACUUCAGGAGGGGUCAUCACCGCUUCCCUUUACUACCUCUACAGAAUCUACGUUACUCCCAUUUGGGAGUUGGACGCCCAGACGGCCUCUUUACUAGGAUUUACGUUCUCUAUCGUUUGUGGAUUGGGUCUGUUCGGUAUCGUUUCAGGCCGUGGUUCCACCAUCGAGUCUUCGCUGUUUUUUGCGUACAUCGUUAGGUGUCUUUAUGAAAUCUCUCCUCAGUUGGCAACCAGUGCAAUGGACGAGAUUUUCAGUUUGGUCAAAGAAACUUGGCAGAACCAAAAUCACACUUUAAAGUCCCCAGAUAGCCUUCUCAAUUUUUUCCGGGACCGUAUUUUAUCCAAUGGUGAGAUGAUUUGGGACAGUAUUCUGGAGAGAACUACACAUGUUACGGGGAACUCAGCCUCUGAUUCUGCGUUAUGGGGAUUGCGCGGCCUGUGGUUACACCUGAAGCCCGCUUGGAGAUUUCUAAAAUACUUUACCUCCAGCGUCCCAAGCUCGAUCCACGAAUUGUUUCAUUUGACCUGGGGAAUGGCAAGGGAAGCCAUUGCACCUGCUGUGGUCAUUAAUUUGUGUUUCCGAAUUUUGAUUUUCUAUUCUGCAACCAGAAUAAUACCUGCACUGCAGAAAAAGCACAAACGGCGGUCUCGUCGAUUCAUGCGCAUGCUGUACCUGUACAGUCCCUGCAUUGUUAUCGCCAUGUACACUCACCUUAUUUUGCAAUACUCGGGCCAGAUAAGCAACGACUUGUGUUUGUGGGGGUGCUUCCCGUGGUCAAACGAGAAUAGCACAAAGAUCGUGGUCGAUUCGUGGGGCUUCUGGAACUGGUGCAAUAUUUUCUGUACUAUUGCCAUAUACGCCUCCGAGCUCUACGACAAGCAUUAA